CCGUCGCAGUGUCAACGCGCAACCACUCGCAAUAGCCAACCACUUUCUACCCCUCCACCCGCAUCGACUCCGGCAACCGAUAAUAUCAUGGCGACCCUCGAGCAGGAGCUUAUGGCCGAUUUCGCAGACCUUGGCUCUGAUGAUGAGCAAGGUCUGGGCAGCGACGGAGGAGAUGACCUAGCCGAUCUUGAAAAGGAUUUCGGUGGACUAGUGUCCUCCCCCGAUGCCGAAGGAGACGAAGAGAUGGCGGAUGAAGAAGCAGAGUUUGCUGCAAAACAGCAAAAUAAGAACACUCAGAAGGCGCCCGUGGGAAUUCGUGGGGCCGUCAACUUGCUUACACAGUUGAAGCCCAUGCUGCAACAAAUCGAAGAAUUCAAAGCCAACCCCCAGGAGGUCUUGGAUGGCGAAUCUAUGGAGGACUCACCCGAAUACAAGUUGCUCACAAAAGCCAACGAACUCUCUACACAAAUCACCGAUGAAGUCGUGGCGGUCCAUAAGUUCAUCCGCGACUACUACACAGCGCGCUUUCCUUAUCUGGAUGAUCUGGUGAAGAACCCACUUGAUUACACCAAAACCGUUGCUAUCAUCAGGAAUGGGCCUUUGAAUAAUCUCAAAAAUGUUACUCAGAGUUCAGACAAUAUCGUCGGUACCCCGUUGAACCGGGUCCUCGAUGCCGCUCUCAUUCUGACGGUCGAACUUGAAGCUGUGCAAGCAUACAAAUCAGGCCGUGACCUGACUGAGGCGGAAAUGGAGGCCGUGCUGAGCGCUUGUUCCAUGGUUUUGGAGCUCGACAAAGCCAAGUACAUCCUCAUGGACUACGUACAAUCGCGUAUGACUAUGUUCGCACCAAACCUCACCACCCUCAUCGGCUCCCUUACUGCCGCACAGCUUAUCAAUCACGCUGGUGGUCUCGCCAAUCUCGCCAAAACGCCUGCCUGUAACAUUCCACCUUUGGGCUCCAAGAAAUCAACCGGUUCCAUGGGACUGGCGACCAAUGUGGGCGAUCGUCAUCAAGGUUUUCUCUACCAUAGUCCUAUGAUGCAGAACAUUGCCGACAAGAAACACGGGAUGCGCAUCAUCUCCGGCAAGCUUAUUCUUGCGGCCCGCGUUGAUCUCGUACAUCAGUCCCCCGACGGUGCAAUGGGCCAGCAUUUCAAGGACGAAUGCGAACGUCGUCUCGACAAACUCACGGAAGUCACUUCCAACAAAGGUGUUCGCGCUCUUCCAGCUCCAGAUGACAAACCCUCUCGCAAGCGUGGUGGCCGUCGCGUGCGCAAAGCCAAAGAAGCAACCGCCAUGACAGAGAUCCGCAAAGCACAGAAUCGCAUGGUCUUUGGCCAGGAAGAGAAGGAAGUAGGCUAUGGUACAGGCGAUUCGACAACCGGUAUGGGUAUGAUUGGGGCCAACGACUCGGGUCGUGUGCGCGCACACCAGAUCGAUAGCAAAACGCGCGCCAAACUAUCCAAGAAGAACCCUGGCUGGGGCGGCGAUACGCUGGGCUCUAACACAUCGCUUCAGAGUUUUGGAUCUGGUGGUACUUCCACGGCACUGCGUGCAUCCGGGCUCCGCACUGGUGGUGUAGGAUUGGGGGGUGCCGGUACCAGCAGUAUCGCCUUCACACCUGUACAGGGACUUGAGCUCGUCGACCCUAGGACGCGCGAGGAAAUGAGUCGAAAGAGGAAGGCCGAGGAUGAUCGAUGGUUCAAGGGCGGCACAUUCACGCAACUCGGUGCGAGCAACACGACUAAGGUCGAUGCAGGCGGAUUCAAGGUUCCUGCUCUGCCGAGCAAGAAGCUCAAGGAGAGCUGA